GGUUAAUUUUUUUUCUGUAACAAAAGUUAAUUCGAUUUAUAAUUUUUUUUCUGAAUGGGCUGUAUCAGUUAAAUUAUAUUUUUUAAGUUAAACGCCCAAAACCCAAUUAAUAAUAUUUAUUUUGCUGAUAACAAAGUGAUAUUAAAUAGGAAUAACAUAUAAUAUAUAAGAAAGACCAAAAAAAAAAAAAAAUAAAAGGUCCAAACAACCUUUAUAAGUAGAUUUAUCAAGACUGCUUCCAUUUUAAUAGAAUAGAUACAAAGGAUCAUUUACUUUAAACCCCCUUUAACUAAUUUGAAGCUAUAAUACUCUUUUUAGCCGACCAAAAAAUAAACUAAAAUUUUUAGUCGGCAAUAUAGGUCUAAGUCAGAGAAUUAAUCAAUUAAAGAAAGGAAAUAGCGAAAAGGAAAAAGAGAACGAGCGUGGAGAAGCAGAAUGAUUAAAGUGGAAUCAUAUCCAAACGGCCAUUCUAUGGCCGUUUCUCUAUAAAUAACGACUCUUCUCUUCAUCAUUACCAAACUCAUCCUUCAGCACUUAAAUCUUUUCACAACACUUCCUCUUUUGUCAUAAUAAUAAUAAUCAAAUUAAUUACAUAACUGAAACAGAACACAAAAUGUCUUCAAUGGGAGCAAACUACGCACAACUACAAGUCAUGCAGAAGAAACAAAAGGAGAAGAUGAUGAUGAAGAAGAGACUAGAAAAGGAGAGACAUGGAGGGGUGGACGGUGGAGAAACCGUCGGAGUUUCUUCUGCCGCCCCUGGAAAGAGUGGUACCAGAAUAUUUCCAGUCAAGUCUUCUCUGUCGGCAACUUAUGAAGAAGUAAGAAGGCAAGAUUGAAAGUGUGAGACGGUCUUGUGUUGUAUAAGUUCGACUUUUGUGGUUUUGUGUGUUCUAUAAGUUAGACUUUGUGGCUUUGUGUGUGAUGUGAUACAAGUGCCAUCCUUUGCGUCUAGGUUUUAAGUUACGUAAUUUGUGUUACUUUGCUAAAUGUUAUUGUUGCCAAUUGUAUUAAAAACAUUGCAUUUUUCGUACAAUUCAAUCAACAUGUAAAAUAUUUCUUUAUCCACAGUGUAUUUUGAAAUAAAAGUAUUGACUUUGAGGCCUGGUCACGUAGAUUUUCCCUUUUAUAGAAAAGUUGUUACAAAACGAUGUUGAUGUUGAGAUUAUUUUAUUUAUUUCAGACUUCUUUGGCAAAAGUUUUGUGGUUGACAUUUUUUAAAUAAAAAGACUAAAAAGAAAAGUGUUAUGAUAUAAUGAGGAUCUGAGAUAGAGAUUGAACGUUGUUCAAAAAAAAAGAAGAAGAUAUAUAGAGAUUGAACUCAACGUCCUUAGAACAAAAAACUGAAAGGAAAUCUGGUGUGAAAUGAUCGAACUGGAUAGAAGUAGAGUAGAGGUUAUAUAUGGGGAAGGUUGAGUGGUUUGAUCGGUUACUUUCCUCCCAUUAUGAUGUCGAGAUUAUUUAAUUGUUUUUUUUUUUUGUCGGGGAUUUAUUUAGAUAUUACAAUUAUGAGAAAGAUUACAAAGACGAUUCGAUUACCGACAAUACUACCUGCCUUAUGAGGAUCUACGCCUAACUGCCUCAUUUGAGCCGUCCUAUGAAGAUCACGCCUGACCGGAUUUACUUGCACCAUGUUGAGAAACUCUUGUAAGCCUUUCUUCCGUAAUCGCAUAAUUGUUGAAUAAAUCGCUUGUUCCGGGAAUUGAAACCUGGAUUUCCUGUGCAAUCUGCAAGAAAUUGCAUAGUCUGGGAUUUAAACCCCAGACCUGGGUGUAGAAGCCUUUGAACCAUAACCACUAGGCUACGGUGCUUCCACAAAGAUGAAAAAGUAGGUUCUACCGAGAAUUGAACUCGGGUAAUUAUUUAAUUGUUUAGGUAGCAUAGAUUAGUUAAAGUUAUUAUGAACGAAAACAAUAGUAAAUGAUGGCGUGUUUAUGUUUUUUUUUUUUCUAAAAAAUGAUCGAGAUGGGAUUUUUUUCUUCUUCUUAUGUUUAGAGGUUUUGGGUCAGAAACGCUACCAUACUCGACCAAGACAACCUUGACUAAGCCAUUCCCACUGUCAGUAGUGGCGGAACCAGAAAUAUUUUUUACUAAAAUUAUAAUAUAUAAAUUUAAUAUUUAAAUUAGAUAUAUAUAUAUUUUAUUAUAACAAAAAUAAUUUGUUUUAACAAAUUAAUGGGAACAUAUAAAUUUUUUUACAGAAAUUAAUAGGGCCAAAUGCUAAAUUUUAACUAAAUAUUAUAAAAUCUUUAGACGAAAAAAUACACUAAAUUUUUUUCCCAAAUUUUACUAGGGUCACCUGACCCCACGUGUUUUUAUCUGCCUAUGUCCUUGUCUACCAUGAUAAGUCAAAAGGAAGGUUACACAUUAAAACCACUAGAUUCAUGUCCAUUCCUUCCCAACAGGUCUAACUCCAAGUUCUGUUUAUCACUAUCGAAGAUCGACUAUUCUAAAAGAAGAAAUAGAUCAAUAGCUCAAGAGAAUCAAUAACUUGGAAUAAAACCAACUUUUCAAGGCAACCACAUCAAAGGUGAGAAAAUAAAAGUUGAUUUCCAUUCAAUAUGAUUAUCUUGAACUAAUAAACUUGAUUUAUGUCUUUGAGACUUUGACAACUUGUUUCAAAAUUGCUUAAAAUUAGCUAAUGAAAUGUAGCUUGUCAUUUAUCCUUUUGAUUCUCGUUUUUGAAUUUGACCCUAGAAGGUUAUGAGCUGAUAGGAUAAUUGUAUAAAUUCCCCUUGCAGCUCUAUAAUUGGUAAGACUUUUAUUAAAAUAAAACACUGAACUUUCUUCACUUGAGUUUCAUAUAACACUUGUUCUUUCUAAGACUUUCUCGAGAUCCAAAACUCCAUUGUUUGAGAAACUGUAUUGUAGCAUAGGUCUUCCACAAAUUGUGUGGUGAAAAUCAAUCCAUCCAUUACCUAACUCAUUUCCGUAGCUCCUUUGUCUAAAACUAAAUCAGCUUUUUGAACCACUCAUCGACCAAUUUCUCGCUUUAGAAUCCUAGGAGUAAUAUUUAGUCUUUGGCUUAUAUCAUUCUAUAUUUAGAGAGUGGUGGGCAAGACUCAGAUCAUACAUAUAGAGUGGACAUCGCAAACACUAGGAAGAAUCAGGGGUGGACCCACCUUGGAAAAGAGUGUGGCACAUGCCACAUACUGUUAAUAUAAUUCUCAUGUGAAAUGCUUAGACAUAUGAAAAUGGGUAGCUCUUUUGGUUUAAAUGGCUACAUUGUGUUCCAAAUGGCCAAUUCCAAUUUCAAACCCUUUAAAUUGUCUUUCUAGUUUCUACUUUUCGACACAUUUUUAAUUACUUUUUAAUAAAAUAGUUUUCUUUUCCCCUCAUUUUUGCUACCUAAGAUUAUUUUUUUGUUUUUCAAUUUUCUACACAUUUUUAAUUAAUAUUUGGUAAAAUAGUUUUCUUUUUCUUUUCUUCUCUGGUUUACACAAAACUAUUUUUCUUUCUUUAUAAUAUUUUUCUUUUCUUUUCUAAUACUAUAUUUUCUACAAAAAUCAUUUAUUCUAGUUUAAUUCUAACGAUUAUUUCUAUUAUUUUAUUUUUUCAAUACAUAGAUUUUUAAAACUAAUAGGAAUAAAGGUUGUAACUAUUAUAUGCAGUAUAUAAUUUAAAAUUACUUAAAGUGUAGAUUUAAAAUUGUGAAAAUUAAUUACCAAAAAUAUAAAAAUUAUUAUUUCUUUUGGUUCAUUUAAAAAUAAGAUGUAAAUUUCUAGUGCCUAAUGUAAGUUUUUGUAAAAAAAAUGAAAUAAAGUCCAAUUCACUUAAUUAUUUAAUAUUUUAAUUAUAUAUAUAUUUAUUUAUUUAUUUAUUAUGCCACACAUUAAAAAAAAAAUCUUGAUCCGCCCCUAGGCGGAUUACUUCUUUUUUUGUCUAAGUUCGAGGAGCCCAAAGGUGUUUGGAUGAGGUGUAAAGAUACUUUUGUUAUUGCUUGGCUAACUAAACAAAGAUAUCGGGCCUGCCUAGGAGAUCUACAAGACAGGUAGCGCACUAAAUCAAUUAUUAGGACCAUAAUCUAUUGGGAUCAUAAUCUUCAUGAUUGUUAAUUAGUUUGCGAAUAAUGUGGCAUGCAGAAUAAUUGGCGAUAACGAAAGAGCACAUGUGCACCAUAUGGUUAUACAUAAUUUUAUUUUUUUGAAAGCUUUCUAUUUAAAUGUGAGUAACCAUUGCAGCUUUGACAAAGAUCAUACAGUUUUUGAAAAGUAGCAGAGACAAGCCGUAGAUUAAGCUAGUGAUGGAAGCAAUAUGGUUAUGCACAAUUUACAUAUCAUAUGCUUUCAUGGGCAUAGUUGUCGCUAGAAACAAAACAUGCGUCGUUGGAGAAAGCUUUGAGUCGUUUAUUCCCAAUUUCCCAUUAGCUAGGCAUGAGGCCAUGUGCUUUUCGGCGUUUUCGCUUUCCCACGUUAUAUAUGUUACCAUCUUUUUAAUUUGUUACCCCGACUUCUCUCACUUUCGGACAAAAAUGGCUGUCAUUUUUGGACAAGAUAGAAACAUCAUGUCAAUGAAAUAGUUCGAAAUGAUUGUGAUUGUUGACAAUUGUUUUUAGUAACUUCCAUAAUGUAUUUGGUGACACAUACCUUCGCCAUCACAAUCGUGAUGGACUAAUUACUCGAGUUUGGUAACUAAUCAACAUAUAGAUCCAAUAACAACUACAGCAAAUCUAAUUUUUAUCGAUUUUCUUUUGCAAUUUUUUUUUAUCGAUUUUUCUUUAAUAUUUCUUUUUUCAAAACGCUGAAUGAAAACUAUACAGAAACUGAUUUUAGCUAUAGACUCAGUUUUAAAAAUUGAAACAUGAUUGUUUUUUAAAAAGACUACAAGAAUAAAAGUGGUUCACAACUUCUACAACAUCUUCCAAUCAACUCCUAUGUUAGUAAUGGUAAUUUUUUCUUGUAUCUUGCUUAUUAUUGUAUACAGUAAAAAUUCUAUAUAAAUUACUAAUGUUGGGACUAUGAUAAUUUAUAGAGUUAUUAAUUUACAGAAAAUUUUCAUCUUUAGACUUAUAUUUUUAAAAGUAUUUUUAUAGAAAAUAAGAAAAGAAUUUGUUAUUUCAUAUUAUUAUAUUAGUUAAAACUUUAUAGAUUUGAAUUUCAUCUAUUUCUAUGAGAUUAUUUGAUACAUUUUAUGUAUUUUGAACACAUAUGGAAGUAUACAAUUUUUGUUAUAUAUGUAAUUCGUUAAAGUAACAUCAAAAUAUUAAAAUGAAAAUUAAAAACUCAAGAUACAAUACAUUAUCAAAUUAAUAAACAAUAAAAUUCUUUAUUUAUGUAUAUAUAAUUUUUUUAUAUAUCGUAAUUAUUAAUUUAUGAUUUCAAUGGAACUAUAUAUUUAGCUAGAAGUUUUCUAAAUAUUGUUAUCUUAUUUUUUUUGAAUUAUGUCAUAUUUUACACUAGUACAACUUGGCACCAGAAGUAUUUAUUAAUUUACCGUGUCUAUUAAUUUAUCAAAUAUUAUUUAUAGAGUUUUGCUAUGGUAUUUUAGGUAGCUUGUUAAUGACAAGUGAAGCCUAAUAGCCAUAUUAAUAUAUUUAAAAUAAAUAAUUCCUUAUUAAAUCAAAUAAUAUAUUUUAUAUCAAACCAAAAAUGAAUUAAAAUUAAUUUAUGAAUAAAUAAUAGAUAACAUAUAAAUAAAUAAAAUUAUAAAUUAAAUUUAUAUCCAAUUGAAAUGAUAUUAACAUUUCAAUUAUUAUUUUGGGUCAUCUAACUGUAAAUUAAUGGAUUAGCAAUUGUAUUCAUUUGUAGUAAUCCAGGCUAAAAUUUGAUAAUACAUGAACAUUUAAAAAUCCAUCUUAUACUCUACAAAUGGAUAUAUUAAUAAUAGAAUAACAAUCAACUGAUCAUUUAUUUUAUAAUCUAAAUUUACAUAAGAGUAUGAUUUUUUAUCAGUUAUUAUAUUUUUUUAUUGAAAAAUCAGUCAGUUAUUAGUUAAGUUUGUAAAUUUUUAACAAUAGACAAAAAAAAUCAAACAAAUUGUAAAACUGAAUUUGAAAAGUGAACAAAUUUAAAUGUUAAUUAGCCACAAGAACAGCUUUAUGAAGCUAAUCUUUUACAGAUUUAUUUAUUAAAAAUUAAAUAAAAGAAAUAUUACAAGAUGAUCUUAAAACUGAUAAAUUUAUUUAUUUUGAGGAUUUAAGCCUAAAGAUUCUAUUUGCACUACAAUGAGUUUUCUUAUGGACAUGGAUUUUUGAUGUUAUAACAUGCUGGAAAUUUUCAAUAAUCUUUUUUCAUUAUUUUUUUAAUUAAUCUGCAUUAUAAAUUCGAAAUCCAUAUAUUUCAGUGCAAGAAAUUAUGAAAUCUUUGAUCAAACCACUAUAAAACUGAAAAAUUCUAAUUUGUAAAAGAAAUUGGGGCAUUAUAUAUCAAAUAAAAUCAUAAUGACACUGGCCUUAGUUUAAUAGAGUCGGUAGCUAAGCCGAGUUGAGCUGAGCCGAGCCGUUUAGUUAUUCGAGUGUGUGUCGGUGGAGAAAUCCAAAGCCGGCUCCAGUAUGAGAACACUCUGUCACUCUCCACCAGCCCACACACAGCUCUCCUCUCCUCCCUUUUAUACUUUUUUUUUGUAGUCAAAUAAUUACAGAAAGAAAGAAAGAAAGAGAAUCCGAAUCUCCUCUCUCUCUAAUCUCGUCUUCUUCGCUUCUCCUCUACGAAACUGAGAAAUGCAGAACUGAUUGUACUUUCUCUCCUUCCCUCUUCUCGCAUUUCCUUUGAGGGGCGUUGAUGUUCUGAGGGUGUUUGGCUGAGUAGAUCCGGGCAAGGUCUUUGGGUCUAGUUUUGAUUUGAG